GAGUCGGGGCUUCUGAUCGUUGAUUGAUGCGGCCUCUCUAUCGCACUUCUAGCGGCGUUAUGUGCGACGUGUGUCCAGUCUGGAAGCCCUGACCGCCGGGAAGCUAACCUCUCUCAGUCCGCUCUCGGUACUCUGACCCCAGGGAAGCUAACCCAUCUCUGUCCGGUCUGAGAGCUUCGAGCCCCGGUGAAGCUAGCCCAACCUGUCCGGAAUGUGAGUUUUAAAGCCCAGUAGGUCUCCUGACGUCUUUCCGUUCGGAAUGCUCUGUAAUCCGGGGGAAAUCUACUGAUAUCUGUCCGACCUUGGAGCUCCGGAGGCUACCUGGUCCGUACGCUGCUCCAGGGGUGUUGUGUCUCGGGGAGGAGGGCGGUCGAUCGCCGUGAUGGCGACCAGAACUGGGUCUGGGAGCGCAGGCAACGGGUUAGGCAGCCUUCCGAUCAGCACCGCGGGACCCAAACCGGGCGCUGGGCACGGGACGGAGGCAGACCAGGAGUACAGCACCGAGGUGGUUUACAGCGGCUCGGAUCAGGACUCUGACUCCGGUGACGAUGAGGACGCCGGAGGGGACAGAAGGGGCGUGAAGCGGGAGAGAAGUGAGGACGGUCAGACCUCCGGGGGGCCGAACCGGGCCUGCAGCGGCGGAAACCCCGCGGUUUCUGGAGCAAAACCCGGGAAGAAGACCCGUGGCAGGGUCAAGAUCAAGAUGGAGUUCAUAGACAACAAACUGAGGAGGUACACGACCUUCAGCAAGAGGAAGACUGGGAUCAUGAAGAAGGCGUACGAGCUUUCCACGCUGACAGGAACGCAGGUGCUGCUGCUGGUCGCCAGCGAGACGGGCCACGUUUACACAUUUGCCACCAGGAAGCUGCAGCCCAUGAUCACGUCUGAGACGGGAAAGGCUCUGAUCCAGACCUGCCUGAACUCUCCGGACUCCCCGCCCCGCUCAGACCCAUCCACUGACCAAAGGAUGAGCGCCACAGGCUUCGAGGAGACUGACCUCACCUACCAGGUGGUGGAGACGGACAGCAGCCCGGAAGGUCCAAAGGAUCUGGCCAAACCGACCUUCAGCCUUCCCGUCUCCAUGCAGCCACAGCCAGCCUCCUCUUCAUCAGCAACCCUGCAGAUGCAGACCAGCACGUCCUCCUGGCAGCCGCCUGCCUCCUCCAGCAACGGGACGGUGCUGAAGACCUCAGCAGGUGUGGUGCUGCCUGGAGGGAUCACCUUGAUGUCAGGUGCCCAGCUGGCCCCUGGUGCCCACUCCAUCCCCCUCAGUCAGCUGCAGGGCCAACCUGUGAACCUGCAGGGCCCCUCGCCGGCCCCCACGGCCACGCUUCAGGCUCCGACCACAUUGCUCCGCCUCCCCGCCGCUUUGUCGCUGACAGGAGGCGGAGUCUCUCAGCAGCUGCAGACCAUCCAGGUUCAGCCCAGCAUUCAGCAGGCAUCCAAUCAGAGCAGCGUGGACACUCUAAGCUCCACCUCCUCGUCCUCCACAGUGGCAGGUCACAUGAUGUACCCCGGGGGUCACACGGUGAUGUACGCCACGUCCGCACCCUCUCUGGGGGACCGCAGUCUGGCUGUCCUCAACGCCUUCCCCCCCGGCCACAGCCAGUCACAUGAACCAGGUUCGGUUCAGCAGGUCUUCCUCACUCCUCUUCCUCCAGUCGCCGGUCAGAUUCCAGUUUCUGCUGUCCAGCUGCACCCGAUGGUGAUCAGCCAGCCCAGCAGCAGCAGCAGCCUAACAGAGCUCCAGGUCGUCAGUAUGGACGUCCACCCAUCCAAAGAUGAUUGACGGUCACAUGACCCCACAGACGGUGCCAUCACGGGCUGCUGAGACCUGUUGACGUUUCCCGAUGCUCUGGACAUGUUUAAUGAGAAGGAAUCUUUUUUGGUGGGACCCAGUAUCAAUGGACACUUUCAAAAUAAAAGCCUCUCGCUUCCUGGAAAGAUUCCAGAAGAAAACGUCAUUGGGAUUACUAGAACUGAACAUGAGCUCAACUUUAUUCACACACUGCUGAUGGACAGACAACAAAUCGUUCCAAAUGAAUGGACCUGGACCCAGCUGGGGCCCAGUUCAAAUUAGAACUGAAUCAGUGAACUGAACCGGGUCAGUCUUUGCAAUCAUGGACCGUCUAACUGCCUGAUGUGCAGCGGCCUAAUAACGGCUGAACUUAACUAGUAGCUGGUAUCAGUUUCCGACCCAGUGUCCCCGUUUGGUGACAGACUCCACCUCUGCAGAACGGAGCGCCUGUCAGGAUGGUUCUGAUGAUGAACAUGUCUCUAAUUCCAGCUGACCGAGUCAGACCCGCGCAACUUUGUUUCUACGAAGACUGUUGGUGUUUGUAUAAAAAGAAAUAAAGUUUUUAUUCAAUCUGGAA